AUGUGUUCCUUGGCCUUUGUGGUGUUCACGCUGUGCGUGGCGGUUCUUCCUUUCGAAGUACUAUGCGAAGACCAAGGUGAGUGUACAUAUAACUCACUCAAAUACGACUUUUUAAUGUUUGCAAAGCAACUUAACGAUUCCAACAAUUGGACGUGAAGUUUUAUCCAUAUGAUAUUAACAUUGAAAGAACUUUACCUGCACAACUCAUGGAAAAAUAAUAACGACGAACAUUGCUAAUUUUUGUCAUGUUGACCUAUUGUUAAAUAUAUCAGAUAUACAUUUCUUUGGGCAUCAUUACUGGGUUUGUUCAUGUUUAAACUAUAUCUUGCCACGAAUGAAUCUUCAUGAUUUGGCUUGGUAAACGAUAAAGUAUUCAAGGAAGUAGUCUGCAUACGAAUUCAAAUCGAAGUUUGAGGAAAAUGAAUAUACAGUUGACAUUCGAUUAAUGUCCACUUUUUGUAGGAGACCCUUGAGGAAUAUUACACUUUGUUUGAAACGGUAUUCUUUUUGGUCAUUGCUAAAAAAAAUUAUGAAGGGAAAAAUGGAACCAUUAUGAAAUUAAAAGAUGGAUGUGUCAUGAAAAUUUGACAGGGUCAAAUAUUUACGAUCCUUUUAAAGUACCUUUCAAGCAAACCAAAAUUUACGAAAAAUGCAAAUAUGUCCUCAUUCUGAAACUAAUAAAGAAUCAUUAGUUUCUAUGGGUUCUUUGCCAUAAUGUCAGAAAUGUUAACCAGCGGAUUCCAUUUCUGGAAAAGUUGUUCAGCUAGUUGCAAGUUUGAAUAAAAUGUUGAAAAGGUUAGAUUGGAAACAAAAGCAACAAGAAAAAAACAUUGUAACAGAAUCUUUUUCGCGUAUUUUCAAGCUUCCUGUAAUUUCAUGUUUUAUAAUUAAGUAAAGUAAUGAAUGCUAAAACCGCAACGUUUUUCCUUUUAAUAACAACUCGGCGGUGAAUUUAUGGCCGGCAAAGGAUUUUUCUGUACAAACGUUUUGCACUGUUCGCUUUCAUUUCGUCGUACAGUCGGGAAUUAACAAGUUAUUCAGGUGUAACUCUAGACCUAAAGGGUUUAUCAUGAGUCAGCGUCCUAGAAUAUAAUGCAAACGUACGCUAGUUUAAAUACAAAUAUGUACAUUAAAAUUGAUGAUUCACUUUAAAAUUAACAACAAGUAAUUUUAAGAGACAUAUAAUCCGCUGACGGGCAUUACCAUGAAAAAUAAGACUAAGCUAGAUUAAACAACAGAGCCAGCUGAACGCGGAAAUGGUUCAUUUAUUUUCGAAGCUUUGAAAGAGCUCAGUUCCAAAUACAUGAAAUGCAAUUUCGCGGACCCGUAUCUUCGAAAUUUUAGUCAUCAUUGUCUAUUUUUUCAGUGGCAGUAAACUAAAAUAAUUCAAACCAGACAGUUUGUCAUUUUCUCUACGGUUUCGAUACUGUUGAUUGAAUGGAACAAAUUUUAGUUAUAAACCAUGGCAACUACUUGUUUCCACAGUAGAAUUAUAUUUCUAAAUGUCGGUACCCUUUAUGCCACUUGUAAAACAAUGUGAAUCUGAACAAUUUUAAUUUUAAGGAGAGAGGAAUUGUCGUGUAAAUUCAACAAAAUCCACAAGUACUGAUUAUUGGAAAUAAUAUAUUUGUGCUAGAACGGUCGACUAUAAUUAGAAUUAGUAAGGCGCUCACAAAGGGGCAAAAAGAAAACAAAAGAAAUGACAAAUUCAUCAAAGCCAUAUACACUGCCAUUGGCAGUUUCCUGUACAUCAAACUCCUACGGGAUGCAGGGCUUUCAAUAACGUUUCCAUGAGUGGCUGUCGAUGGUGUCCGUCUGGGUGGCUUUGCCGUAAGGAGAAAUCCAAACACGAGGGCUUGCUCGCAAGCAAAACAGACCAGGCAGGAGAUGUCUCAUAAGUGGCGGUACACCACUGGUAACCGGGUGAGAUGAAUCUUCCAACCAUUUGUUCACUGAUGAUCAAGUGUGUUGCUAUCAGAAACCCAAUCUCCUGUGGAAAAAUGUUGUUGUUCAUAAAACGAUGUUUAUUCAAGACAAGCUAUUCAAUUUCCGAGAACUAGAACUUUCGUGAGAUACGUUUUCAAUGCGUUUCAAAACAAAUUGACUAUUGAUGUUUUAAUAAUUCGCCGACGUCUUUUAACAUAUCUUCCAGUCUAAAGGCGACAUUUUUUUUUAAACUAGUCGUUUAAUCCAAAAUAUGUUCAAUCUAAUCUCUAUAGAUGUAGGCAAUAAUUGCCUCAAGUACAGUUUUACAGAGAACUUGAAAAAUUAAAACUCUGACAAAUGAAUGCUCUCGCCUGCACCAUUUUGCAGAAAAAACAUUACGACUCUUUGCACUUUGCGCUAUUGCAAAUCGAGGGAAGCCGGCGCUUUGGUGGCAAGAAGCCAAACAGUAACCUGCUAUUCUUAGUUUUGGGUGCCACUUCUACUAAUGAUCUAACCAUUACGAAUUACGAUUUUAAAACAAGGAGGAAUAAUUAACAACUUUGAAACCGAAUGUCUAAUGUAUAACUCUCUUUAGAGGAAUUCCUAGAAACCAAGAAAACAUGAGUUGAACUUAUAAGAAGCUUCCCCCCCCCCCCUCAUAUUACGAUCCUGAGCCGAAGAAAAGAUUCUGAGUCCCUUUGAAGAUCAAUUUAACCAUUCGAUCGCCCUGCCUCCUCUGACGGUCUAUUGUUGAAUUUUCUCUCUAUCAUUAAUCUUUUAUGCACGAGAACAGUAUGUAGUGUAGACGAAGCAUUUAUGUUGAAUACGAUUACCGUUUAUUUCUAGAAAAUGAGGAACGCGUUUUGAGGAGGACACUUUCUGAGAAGUUGUUUAAUGGGUACAAAAAGGAUUUCUUACCGCGACUGAAUGAAUCAGUUCCGGUUAAGGUCCAAUUUGAUUUUGAACUCAUUACAAUCAAAGAUGUGGUAAGUGAUCUACUAAAAUAAACAUUCAUUUCCUGAAGAUUACUUUUUUCAAACAAUUUUUGCGCACCUUUAAAGGAAGUCGAUAGACGACGAUUCAACUGAUGGAUCGGGAGGGCUUGAAUGCAUGUUGACCCCACAUCCCCACCCAUUCCCCCUAAUCCUUGGUGUUGGACACCCGGAAAGGUCUGGCUUACCUUUGAUAGAUGUCGUCCAAGCAAUCUGCCAAGUCGAAGUUUUGAAGCUCACUGACAAUAAAUAUGAAAAAGAUAUAAUUAUUAAAGAUAAUUUUUACUUUAUCAAGUUCAUUUAAGACUGCAAUAGGUAUUUUACAGUUGUGUACUUAGUUGCCAAGCCUCUGAUUUGGAGUAAGGCUGAAUGUGACCUUGUUGUGAUAGACUAGUUAGCAUGAUAUCGAAGUAAUUUACAUUUACAGAGGAGCAACGUUUGUAUCAUAAGAAGGCCACCCUUAGCCUCACUCCUGUCCAAAGGCUUUGCAACCAAGCAUGUAACUGUAAAAUGGACUAUUCUAUUGACCACUGCAUAAGAAUAACCAAUCAGAAUUACAAGGAAAAUACUAAGGAGACCCCUGUAGAACUGCCACCGAAUAUAAGCUAAGGUAACAUCGGCGAUAGAACGUGGCUGACCAAGUAGAGAUAAGAUUCAGUUCUGAAUCUGAUUGGUUGAUAGAGAGGCACGAGAACUGUAAUGGAACACAGCCAACGUAAUCUAAGAUUAAUUUUUCACACUCAAGAGAAAAUUUCUCCACUUAGUAAGCGAGUUUUAAAAUGUAGUUCGACAGAACAAAUUUGUGUGUCGAACAUGUAAGUCCAAGUCUUGGCCUUUAUAGUAAUUAUUCAAAUUCCUAUUUCAGAAUAGUAAAAUUGAACACGCAAAACUUAGGGAUUUAAAUCUUCGUUAAAAAAAAAAAACCACGAGAAAAGUAUGUUCUUAUUUGUCAGUUGUAUUUUUUCUUUAAACCAUAUUUUUGUGUGUUAUUUCAGAAUGCAAAGGAACAAACAUUCACAGUCUAUGGGUGGGUGCGACAGGUAAUUUUUAGCUUUGUCAACAAAUGGUUCAUCACGCUGAAUUUUUCCAAAAUUUUCUAUUUCAAUCUACUGAGGAGUAAAAAUAUGUAGUUAGAAGAAUGUUUUUCCUUUCUACCACUUUUCCUGGCAAACAAUAAUGUUGAAGAGUCUUUUCAAACGGGGGUGUUACGUACUAAAAUGUUUAAUACUAAAGGGGGUAAAUUUCUAAAGAAACUGUGGUGCUACGUCGGUGGGAAAGUAAGACAAGAUAAUUUCAGAAUUAUCAACCGAGUUGGUAGCGUAAAUAAGCCACCGUAAAAAGUUUCAAAGCUGACGUUUCGAGCGUCAGCCCUUCGUCAGAGCGAAUGGAUUAUCAACUCAGUCGAUAAAACCAAAAUUAACCAAUUUAAUGAGAAGCUUGGAUUGAUGCCAGCUAGUAUUGGCGCUGAUCGAGGCUGCAAAACGUUGAUAAAAACCACGUGGUGAUUACUACGCUCUUGCGAAUGAUUUGUGUACUCUUUGCACCCUAAGAUAAGCAUUCACCUUCUUCUCACUGUUCACUUUACAUUUCCAAUGGUGCUGAAAAGAAAAUUUGUUUAACAGGCAGGAGCUUCUUGAAUAAUUGAUCAUUCUCUUUAUUUCCUUCUCUAUAUUUUAUUCCAGGGUAAUGUUGCAGGGAGAAGUUAGAACCCAGUCUCUCUUAGGGCUAAAAAACCAUAAUUUAGGCGAAUGUUCCCAGUCUCCCGUUUGAUACUCUUCAACUGUCUAAAGAUCUUAUGUUCUACUCACUCCAGAAAUGGCACAACCCGUUUCUUGAAUGGAAUUCUUCUGAGUUUGGCGGUAUUCAAUCCAUUCAGACGAACGCGGAGAAGAUCUGGGUACCAGAUGUUCUGGUCUAUAACAAGUAAGGCUUGCAUCUGCGCAUGGCGAGAGCUGCAGGGGACCCUCCGAAUCAUUCGCAGUUUAAUUAUGACCUAAAUUGGGGUCGGUGGUGAAUCUAGGGAGGACAAUGCAGAAAAUGAGUUAUUUACUCUACAAGAUUGAAAAUCAUAUGAUAUGCAUGCAACCUAAAAUGUCGAAGUUAGCGAGACUAAGGAGUAGUUUUGAAAUCUUGAUACACGAGAAAUUGAUAUUCGUGAAAGAAAAUGAUAAAAUAUUGUAAAAUAGCCCUCUAAGUUCGCUAGCUAUCUUGGCAGUGUUAACUUUUUAUGUCAUUGAAAAAUUGAUCCAUUACCUAAAAUGACUUAACUGCCCUUUAAGUAUGGUAAACUUGAAAUCAAGACAACGUCGUCUGACUCAUUUCACUUGAUCUUACUAUGACGAUAAGAUUUCUUACUAAUGAAAUGCCCAUGCUAAAUUUAGAGCCAAUGACAAAUAUUCUGCAUGUCACACUCACCCAGGGACAAAUCUUUUUCUCGGUGUAAACGAGACUAUUUCAAUGAUUUUCUUUUUCUAGCAUUGAUCUCCAUGACCGCAUUGGUGGUGGGCGAACGACAUACCAAACCAGUGUUCUUAUGCAGGCAAACGGCCAAAACUCUUGGAUGAGUCCUGCCAUCUUCAAGACCGUCUGUGCCAUUGAUGUCACCUUCUUCCCUUUUGACAUGCAGACAUGUUUACUCAAGUUUGGUUCGUGGGCUUCUAACAGUCAGCAAAUAACCUUGUGUCCACAGAACAUGACUGGACAAUCGAAUCAGUACGUGGACAAUGGCGAAUGGGAUAUCAUAGACAUAAUACCUAGAAGAAACGUUGUGCAUUACAGUACGGGUGCGUUUGACGACGUCACAAUUACUAUAGUUAUAGGUCGUGUUUUUUUCGUGUACUGCGUGAAUUUGAUCAUUCCGUGCUUUCUCAUCUCGACCAUGAUAUUUCUGGGAUUCAUUCUUCCUCCAGAGUGCGGAGAGAGAAUUGGAUUGAGUAUUACUGUACUGCUUGCUAUGACGGUCUUCCAACAGUUAACAGCAAACAUUUUCCCUUCAUUUGAUUUCCCGCUCCUUGGUCAAUAUUAUUUUGCAACAAGUGUUGAAAUUAGUAUUUCACUCUUAGCGACAACUGUGGUUCUCAAUUUUACAAAUCGAAAAAACAAGAAAAUGCCACGAUGGAUGCGUAAGUUGUUACUAGAGUGGACUGCGCGCGUCGUCUUUCUGAGGAAAGCUGUAGAAAAAAGCUGCCCAAAACCCAAACAUAAACGGUCCACGCGGCGUUUCUCGAGCAUGAGGGAAUUCAGGGACAACCAAGAAGCCAGGCAGAGAGGAACAGCCGGUCAUGACCAAAUGAUUACAAGAGAAACCUUUCCCGAUGAUCCCGAGAGACAAGACGACCACCUUGUCGCUGAACUCAAAAGCAUGUUCAUGAUAUCAAAAAAUCUGGACUAUGGCGGCUUGCGAUAUGCACACUCUGUCAAGAGCACAAACUUGAAUGGACUCAAUAAUGGUGACGACAGCCUCAUAUUAAGUGGCCCCACUUCCGAGGGAGUCUGGGACGAUAGUAACAUGUCAUUCACUGGAGUUCUAGAUGAGAAUGGUGAAGAACUCGAAGAAAACGAGCUUCAGUUACGUCAGUGGGAGUGGAUCAUGGCCGCAAGGGUCCUGGAUCGAGCCUUGCUAUGGGUGUCAAUAAUUGCCGGCAUUGUAACUUUUUUCGCCAUUUUCAUGAGAGCCCCUCGCUUGCAGACUUUAUUGUUUGGCUCUUGA